AUGCAGGUUAUUAACUGUCGUGGUGGCGGCGAUUGUUAUGGCGGUGAUAAAUACGGCGUUUAUGAUUUCUUCUAUACCUACGGCGCGGUUCACGACUCGUGCAGAGCGUACACCGCGACUAACUUUGAUGAUUUCCGAGGGUGGUGUCCAGCUGAGGCGCGCUGUAUGGAGUGCUCGGACGGGCCUGAGGGAUGCAAGGCUACGGCGAGUUAUAGGGCGUGGCACGUUGGCGACUUUGCUCGGUUGGAGGGGGUGGAGCAGAUCAAACGCGAGAUAUGGAAACGGGGCCCUGUGGGGUGCGGAGUUGACGCUACGAAGGAAAUGGAUGAUUACGAGGGUGGUGUAUUUNNNNUGUUUUUAGAUAUUGGAUAAUGCGUAAUUCGUGGGGAAGCUUUUGGGGGGAACAUGGGUAUAUGCGAAUAAAGUUCGGUACGCUUCUCAUCGACUCGCAAUGCAGCUGGGGUGAGCCUAGUGAUAAUGUCAGGGGAGAAGUAGUACCUAACGUACCGUUUGGUGUUGGAAAUACGAAGUCGCUUGUCGCGGCAAACUACGUCGAAAUGGACCCUAUGGGGAAUGCGGUAGACCUCCACCCUGCUGGUAGAUCUGCUGAGCAUUCGGUUGAUAUCACAAUAUAAUGUCUUGACAAGUUUUAUGUCCUAUAGCUCUUCACUGUUCUGUCGAGGUGAGGAGUCUAUUAGAAACCUUACCAUAGUAGUAGUGAACGUGCGGCCAUUGUGAUAUGCACGUCAAUUUAUCUGAUGCAUUAAUGAGGCUACUAGUGGUGCAUUUCUGUAUUGUAUAGUUUAUGCCUUACUGGCUGGUGAGCAAAACGUUGUUCAUUAUUGUUGUUAUUAUCGUCGUAGUCUCUCAUUUAAUUGGUCGCAUUUGCCGAAUCUGCCGAAAACGUUGCGGGCAGUAGAAAGAUAAUCGGCAAGAAUUAUUUUAUGUUAUCUCCGUUAUCAAUUACAAGCUACUAUGAGAUGCCUUGAUGGUAGAAGGAAAGGUGGUAGAUAAUGC